GACGCCCAACUGCCACGUCACCUCGAAGAGACGUGUGUUUUGGUUUGUUGGAGUAACUUGUUCUGUGACGUCUCCGAUGAUUCUUAUUAUUUACAACUGACCUACGCUGUUUAUGAGCAAAAAUGUCAACCGCAGAGGAUUUCACACAGCUGCCGCUCCUAAUGUGGGAGAAGGUGUUCGCGAAAGUGAAGAAAGCCGUGGUUUUUAUGGACGACAGGUGUGCAGAGGCUCUCCACUGGAGCGGAGGGGCUGCAGCCUUGCUGCAAGCGGGAGCCAGGAACGUGAAGCAGUUUUCGAGCUUCGAAGCGUGCGGUGAGAACGAGCCCAAAGCCGUGUUCGUGGUGAGCACUUUGUUAAAGGGGAGGACGGUGGACAUCAUAAAAGACAUCAUAUCCCUCAGUCACUUUCAGUACUGCGUCGUCUUCACCGCUGUCCCCCACUCCGUCCACCUGUUCGCCAACAACGUGUCCACGGAAAUGGAGGGCUUCCCCGUGUUUGAGCAGUUCGAGGAGAAGCUCUGCGAGUGGAUGGGGAACAUGAACUACACGGCAGAGGUCAUGCACUCUCCUGUGGUCUUCGCCCACGUGUCGCAGCAGCUGAUCGUAGCGUCGCCGUUUGCUCACCUGUUUCCCCUGCUCCCAGCAGACCUGGAGAGCAUCAAUGCAAAGCGACCGGAAAAAAAGAGGUUUGGCACUUUAAAUGACCUGGAUGGGCAUUCGCUUCCGGUGGAGCUGCAGGUUGAAAUUAAAAGCUUGGUUUCGGCGUUAAACUCGAUGUUUGAGGCCGCAGGGAUGAGGGAAGAGAGUUUUGCUGUGGGGCCAAUGAGCCGCAUCAUCGCAGGGGAACUGGCCAAUCACAAUCAGGCGAAAAACCGAAGAAAGACUGCUGCUAAUAAAGCAUCGAUCAUCUUUAUAGACCGAACAAUGGAUCUUACAGGGGCUGUCGGCCAUCACGGUGACAACUUGGCUGAAAAGAUUCUUACCGUGCUUGACCCUUUGCCUGGUCACGUGACGGAUGUGCAAGUGGACAUGUUGGAACUCACAAGUGUACAGAGAACUCCUCACUCCCAGAACACCGUGGCCCCUGGCUGUCUUGCUCAAAACCAGUAA